UGACGUCAUUUCUGUGCGACAGGCCUCCGAGCACCACAGUACCAGUGCAGUUUUGCAGGCAGAAGCUGGAAAUGGGUGAGUCGCUGUUGAGGGCCACGGUGUCAUCAGAGUCUUGGAACAGUAGUUCUCGGACUUGACUGGCGCGUUUAAAUACCAUCUGCGCAUUUCGUCUGCAGACUCACACCGUUUGCAACAGUCCGCGUUUGCCUGAGUCCCGAGCUGCUCGCUGGAAAGCUAGCAGGCUAAUGUUAGCGCGCAGAGCCAGGCCCACCUCAGAGUUGACGUUAUAUUCUUUUUGUCUGUUAAACAGAUAGCGAGGCAGAUGUAACUGACAAAACUUCACUUAUUAGACUUUACUUUUCUCUCUAAAACCCUCAUCACUGGUCCAUUCGGACUGCUAUUGUAGCGCACUGCUCGUUCCUGCAGCUUGCAAACGCAAAGUUAGCUAACUGGCUUAAAGCUACAAUUAUGACUUCGAGGAGGGCAGGCUAUGCUGGCAGCAUGGAUUCCUCAAAUAGCGGCGGCAGCGCAGCCCACAGCGCGAACCGUAAACAAACUAUAAUCAACAUACCCGAACGGACCGGGACCGAGUCGUGCUACGAUCGCAAAGCGGACAAGGGAGGCUACGGAGCUUCGCAGGGCAGCAUGACUGUAACGUCGCUGAAAUCACGCCUGGCUCCGACUAUUCAAACGGCCAUGUCCGCAGCAGUGGACACGCUGUUGGGCGAAGUGGUGCUGGUUCUUAACGAGACUCAACAGGAGUUGCUGCACAAGGAGCAGGAGAAUGAAAGGCUCAAAGUGCGGCUGGAAGUGUCCGAGAGGGAGCUGAAGACUUUGCAGGAGUGUCUGUGCAGCGCUCAGAAGCUCAUAGAUCAGCUCCAGAUCUCAUACACAGGCCCUCAGACGGUCAGUCCGUCCGUUUUUGCCCCAUCACUGUCUUCCAUGGCGUCAAUGACUUCAGGGUUGGACCGGGACCACCAGAAUCCUCGAAAUGUGAAUGGAGCCGGCGUCGACCUGGGACUAGCUGGCUCCGUGGACGAAUCCCUUCAUGGGUUUGAGCCGAGAGAUGACUACAAAAUGUGCCAGCUAUCAAUCCAGCCAGAUGGCUCUGUCACCAACCACGCUCUGGACUCGUUUGCAUCCAACACGUCUCACAUGUGCUCUGAAUCCAGCAGACCAGAUGAGCGCCAGCCUCAGGGGCCAGGGGGGCCGCCCAGGUUUGAGAUCAAAGAAGAGCAGGGAGUAGCUUCGAGCUCAGGUCAGCCCAACAGGAAGGAGCCUGGUUUGCGUAACGACAGCAGAGUUGGAGAUGGAGACCGUUCGUCCCAUAACGUUGGCGACCUUAGUUACGUCCAGGUCGGAGAAGGAGGUUCCCAGCGUUCGUUUACUCACGCCCUGCGACACCAAAGACCCGUGCGAGAAUGCAGUGAUGCCUUGCAGCAGGGUGGACUAGAUGGGCAGAAACUGAUGGGCAGGACUGGGCGAGGAGACAGUGUUUCCCCGGGCAGAGCAGACGACUCAGCGGGACCCUCCGCUUCCGACAUACCUGGGGAGCCCUCCGGAGAUCGGCCUCACCACUGCCUGGAGUGCGGAAAGACUUUCCGCCUGAUCUCCAGCCUGAAGAAGCACAUCCGCAUCCACACGGGGGAAAAGCCCUACCCCUGUGCGGUCUGUGGCCGCCGUUUCCGGGAGUCGGGAGCCCUCAAAACCCACCUUCGCAUACACACGGGCGAGAAGCCGUAUUCCUGUUCCGAGUGUGGAAACUGUUUUCGCCACUUGGACGGGCUGCGCAAACACAGGCGCACGCACACCGGAGAGAAACCCUACGUGUGCGCCAUCUGUGGGAAGCGCCUGAGCCGCCUGCAGCACCUCAAGCACCACCAGCUCAUCCACACCGGAGAGCGGCCCUGCUGCUGCCCCUUCUGCAACCGCAGCUUCAAGGAGCCGGCGGCGCUGAGGAAGCACAUCCGCACACACCGGGAGGAGGGCGGCCACAUGGGAAUUGUCGCCAGCGACGACACAGACCCAGAUGCCAUGGACGACAUGAACAACCUCCAUCCCGCUGCUCCAUCCCCUCAGAUGAGGUUUGGGGAGUGGGGCGCGGAGGAGGAUGACAGCUCAGUUGUGGACUGUGUUUAGAUGAACAUCAACAGCAGCUGUCUUCACAUCCUGGACAGGUGUGUGUAUUGUACCAUGACGGAGAAGCUUGACUCUGCUGCGUGCUGGUAGUAAAAUAACGGCUACACGUAAGCCUAGCCUAGUUUAAUUUACGUUUGACACAUUCAUGUUUUACAGUGUUACAUGUAAAAAUAAAUUUCCAAACAUCCACUGUACAUUCUUCACGGGACAUUCAUCAAACAGCAGCAGGUUGUUCUGCUCAGAGGGAGGUGCUGCUCGACGUUACUCAAACACUAUUUUGGUGCUUCAAGCACUUGGUCAACCACCAAAUGAGUCACUGCUGCUGCUGUUUAACAUCGUUCCCACCUGGAUUUAACCGCUACCAUUCCAGAUAUAGGUAGAGAAAAGAUGCAUAGUGCUGGUUCAUGCUUCGCGUGUAGGCAAACCACCAGCUGGGCACGUUAGAGUGAAUGCAACCUCAUGUCCACAUACAGAGUGUUUUGGUUACAGUCUUUAUAUGUUGACAAAUGACCAUGUGGGAGAAAAUAUUCUUGGUUUUACACAGUAUGAAUUAAUGUAGACUAAGUUUAUGCUUUGUGUCUUAUCGUGACUAAGACCUUGUGCUCUGCUUGAAUAAAAAAACAUUUGAAUCGUAUGUACUGCAUCAUUUACUGUUGGGAUAUUCUUUUCUUCACUCUGUAACUGGUACAUUGGAUCCGGUCCUGUUUUAAAGACACAAACCUUUUCUUGCACCUGGCAGCAGUUUUUCCUAACAAAGUCAUUUCUAAGCUGAAAAUCUGAAUUCACCCUGCUGUUUGUCUUCAUGAAGCAUGAACCAGUUAGAUAUUUUAGUGGAUGGGACCUUAUUUUAAAGCCACAUGUUGCACUGUCAUGCAGUUACAUAACCCUAAAGGGUUUGAGGAGUAUGGAUGUUUUUUUCUGCGCCUAAACAAACUGGCUUAGUGUAUAUACAGAGGCUGUGGGUGUCAGUCAGCAUGUAUCCACAAAAGCAGCUUGAUCAGCUCUGUCAUGGACCAACACUUAGGAUUCCUUUACGUUUUUAGUUUUUGCCUCUUUUUAUCUGCUACUAUACGUCUAAGGAACUAUUUCAUGUUCUGACAUUUGUGUGUGUGUGCGUGUGUGUGUGUGUACAUGCUGGCCUGUUGGCUGUAAAUUAGUGUAAUUACUUUUUUUGGUUUAUUAAGGGUUAACAUUGUAGAAAACUGUGAGACAAUAAGAUCUCUUUGUUAAGAAACACACUUUUAAAACAUUAUGCUAAAACACACAAUGUGUAUAUAUGUAUGUGUGUGUGUAUAUAUAUUUAUAUAUAUAAAAUAUUGAGUUUCUUCCUGAUGUUCUUCCUGAUUCUCUGAUGUAUGAUGAUGCAUCGGUGUAACAGCUUUUCUCUCUGGCAUCAUUUACCUUGUAUACUGCUUCCAUUGAAGAUCUCUGCGUACAUUUACAGCUGUUAGUCACUUUCAAAGCCACUCGACAGAUUAGACAUGUCAUUGUACGCAGGAACAGGAUUCAAUUGGCUAGGGUGUUUUUUUUUAGCCCAGAUAAUCAUAUUUAUUGUUUUUGUAUUAAAUACUGGGAGGCCUUUGCAUGUAGGUUUAAACUGAAAUGACAUUAUUCUGUAAAAUGUCAGUGUUAAAUGUGAAAAUAUUGCCUUUUUUAUGCUUCUGUGUUCAACCUAUACUCCUUCACAUCACAUUCAUCUUGUUACCUACUGUAAAUGUUACUAUAUUAAAGGGCCUUGUUUAUACAUGUA